AAACGCUGAUGCGGUGUCUGUGUUAAAAUACUCUAAGUGUCCGGUAAAGCCGUGCAGAUUCGCCUGGCCCGCGUAUCAGUCAGCGCCGACAACUCGUUCGCUAUAUAAAAACAGUUUCAAUAGUAAGCGGCGCAAACGCAAGCUUCCUGUUCACCCGGCAAUGCCUUGAGCAAAUGCAAAACCGAACCGAGCGCGAUGCAGUGCAGUUAAUGAAUUUAAAUCCAUGAAUAUUGGUUUAAUCGAAAAAAAUAAACCGAAAUAAUAUCAAAAAACAAAACUGUGAUUAAAAAUUCCAAUUUGAAUUUUCAAAUUGUAUGAAUUGAUUUUUUUUUCUUUGAGUGUUGUGUGUUUUGAUAUUUCAAAAUGGUGGCCGUAUCGGAACAGGAUCGGGCGCCAAAACCAGAUGCGAUGUUCGGAAUGCGCCAUGUCAUGGUUCUUCUGCUGUUCCUGUCUACAACUGUCGCCUACGCCACACGAGUUAGCAUGAGCAUGGCUAUCGUGGCCAUGACCAGUUCCAAUGACUAUGGGUACCCAGUUUUCGAGUGGGAGCGCAGCAUCCAAGACCUGAUCCUGUCAUCCUUCUUCUGGGGCUACAUAGUGCUGCAGAUUCCGGCAGGCAUGAUAGCCGGAAGGUUCGGGGGCAAGAACCUCAUUCUGACUGCGAUGCUGUCCAACGGUCUUGUAAAUCUGUUCGUGCCGUAUGCUGCUCAAAAGGGUGGAUGGAUAGCGGUGUGCGCUUGCCGUAUUAUCAUGGGUCUUACUCAGGGUCUGCUGUAUCCGAGUCUUCAUGGGUUGCUUGGCCAAUGGUCACCAGUUUCUGAAAGAAGUCGGAUGGGCACCAUAGUAUAUGCAGGAGCUCAACUAGGCACCAUAGUCGAGAUGAUGUCAGCCGGAGUGCUCUCAGCAAGCAAGUGGGGCUGGCCUUCUGUGUACUACGUCACGGGAAUCACCUGCCUGGGCUGGUCUCUGUUGUGGAUCAUCUUCGGAGCCUCCACGCCGGGUAUGAGCCGAUGGAUUUCAAACGAGGAGAGAAAGUAUAUCGAGACAAAUACUGCUUCGGCUGACAUAAGUGAAGCCAAGAAAAUGGUGACCCCAUGGAAGAGCAUUUGGAGUUCUCUUCCCUUCUGGGCUAUCCUGCUGGCUCACAGCGGACAGAGUCUUGGUUUCUGGACGCUCCUUACUGAAAUGCCUUCCUACAUGGCUAAGGUUCUAGGGGUCGACAUUAAAAGCAAUGGCGUCUUGUCUGCACUUCCCUAUGUGGCGAUGUACAUCCUCAGUUUCAUAUUCAGCUGGUCCGCGGACUUCCUUAUCAAUAGAAACAUUUGUUCAGUUUCCACUACCCGAAAAAUAUUUAAUACUAUUGCAUUCUGGGGGCCUGCAGCCGCAUUGCUGAUUCUCUCUUAUCUUCCGCCGGGACACUUGACACUGGCGGUUGUAAUUCUGACUUUCACCGUUGGAUUAAACGGCGCUCACUACGUCGGUUUCUUAAUCACACACAUAGAUAUAUCACCGAACUUUGCUAGUACUUUGAUGGGUAUAACAAAUGGCGUUGGAAACAUUUUCUCCAUUCUAGCACCUCUCAGUGUUUCAGCUGUGGUUAAAGAUGAGACAAGCGCUUCUGAAUGGCGGAAGGUAUUCUUCAUAUCCAUUGGUUUCUACUUCCUCAGUAAUUUGUUUUAUGUCCUCUUCAUGUCUGGUAACAUUCAACCAUGGAACGAACCUAUUACCGAUAGUAAAAAUUUGGAAGAGGGAGUAAAAAGUAAAGAAGAAAAAACAGGAAAAACAAAUAGCAGUUCAAACUACGGAGAAGAUAAGUUUUAGAAAUCUAGAGUUGUGUGAAUGUUAACUUAUUUGUUAGCUUUGAUAGCUAGUCAUGUCAUUUAAUUGAAUGUAAGAACCAAUAGCUCAAAAAUAUCUAUAUGCAAAAAGUGACGAAACAUUUUUCAAACCAUUAGUAACACAUUUAUUUAAUUAUAUAAUGAACCUAAGUAUAUUUUAUAGAAAUCAUUAUUUUAUUCACAGACUAUAUUGUUUCAUAUUUUUAUAAUACAUUAUAAGAAUAACUUGCUAUAUGCUCCGGGGAUGGAAGUGAAACAUGACAUGUUUAAGACGCGAGUUGGCACAGUGGCUGUUAUCAGCCGUUGGGUAGAAAGCGGCGGCGCACACCUCAAGACACAUCUGAGCUGCUCACACCAGUCUUGCUCCCGGUCGUCUUCACGACGGCAGUUUCAGGAUUCAUCUAGUUGGCGGCAAGUCACCGCUUGUCUCUAUAACUAGUAAAAAUAUUGUUAUGGCAGGUGUUCGGACGUCUUUGCAAUAAGUCCAAACUUCAGUCCUUAGACCGGUAUACUCUUCAAUUUUUAUACAAUGGUCCCAAUGCCAGCCGAGACCUGUUCAUGACAAUCUAUUGUUGUACCUGUGAACGGGUUCCAGCAGGCGUCUACACCACGUUAAAGUUCUCCAAAGGGCGUCUAUGUGUUGGAUCUAUAUUCCCACGCAAGCCUAUAAUAGGACCCGGUUUUCGCCCGUGAAAUCCAAAAUAGAGAUACAAAUAAUAAUAUUUACUGUAAAUUAUUCAUUGAAUAUUUUCCGUUAGCAAAUUUGGCGAAGCCAAGUUGUGUAUGAUAUAUAAUCGAAGUAGCCAAAGAGCCCAUAAUAGCUUAAAUGAAUUGAUUUUGUAAUACAAAGCGUUCAUUAUCUGUCAACGCCAGCCAGCCAUCUUUAUAUCAGCCAUAUCUGCCAGCUGCUUCAACAGAAGCAGUAGCUGAUAAGUGUGCUUCUGUUACCUAAGGUCAUUGCGGUUAAAUCCAUCUAAGAGAAAUUCCGUAUAAUAGAUGAUCGCCUUUGUCAAACAAAGUACACUAUUGUUGACUUCAACGAUAAAAUCCUUUUUUUUUUCAGUAUUAGCAGCCAAAAGCAGCCGGAUUUGGCCGCUUUAACAUAACAUUUUUGGAUUCGUGUGUUUAAUUUUCAGUGUACAUAUUAAAAAGUUAAGUAGUGAAUUUAUGUCUUACUAAUAAUAAAAGAAAAGUAAU